AAGUACUUAUAAUGCAGUACCUUUGCAGAAGUACUUUAUCAGUCAAGUUGGAUAUUGGACAAUACCAGAGUACCUUCAUACUAUUAAACUGCCUAGAUUUUGGUGAAUAACUGCCAAUUGAUAGCGUUAGCGCCACUGCAAAUCGUUGCGGUUUCAUCAUCUGUGCCACUUAUUUUUGUCCCCCGCACCUUGAUAACUUCAACAACUUUUUCUGCCUCCUCCUCAACUUCAUACACAACCACAGCGACAAACCACCAAAGACGUACAUGCUCCGUCGCCUCUUCACCACCAUGGCCGAAUCAGCAUCCAAGCGCGUCAAGACCACGGGCAACGGUCCUCUCAUCGGCACUCACAAUGGCCACUUCCACGCUGACGAGGCCCUCGCCGUCCACAUGCUCCGCCGUCUCCCCGCCUACCGCGAUGCCUCUCUUGUCCGUACCCGCGACCCUGCCGUCCUGGCUACCUGCCACACUGUUGUCGACGUUGGCGGUGAGUACGACGCUGAGAAGCGCCGUUUCGAUCAUCAUCAGCGCGGCUUCACAACUACCUUUCCCGGUCGCCCUACAAAGCUCUCCAGCGCCGGUCUUGUCUUCCUGCACUUUGGCCGCGCCAUCGUUGCUGAGCGCCUUGGACAACCCGAGGACUCUGCCGACGUUGAAUUGAUUUACGAGAAACUGUACGAGAACUUCGUUGAAGCCCUCGACGCCCACGACAAUGGUAUUUCUGUUUUCGACCCUGCGGGUAUCGCCGCUGCAGGUCUUGAGAAACGCUUCAGCGAUGGCGCCUUUGGCCUUGGUGCCAUGGUCGGACGUCUGAACCCCAAGUGGAACGACCCUACGCCAUCUGAUCCCGCUGAGGCUCAGGCAGCUGAGGAUGCCAAGUUCAACGAGGCCAGCAACCGCAUUGGCGAGGAGUUCGACAGAGAUCUUGACGGCUAUGCCGGUUCUUGGCUCCCUGCCCGCACCAUUGUCCAGGAAGCCUUCACCAAGCGCACACAAUACGACGAGCAGGGCCGUCUUCUUGUCCUCGAAGGCCAGUCUGUGCCCUGGAAGGACCACCUCUAUACUCUCGAGGACGGUACUCCUUCGGUGCUCUACGUUUUGUACGCUGAGAAGCCUGAGCCUGGCGCCAAGUGGCGUAUCCAGUGCGUUCCUGAGAGCAAGGACUCAUUCGUCAGUCGAAAGCCCUUGCCCGAGGCAUGGAGAGGAUUCCGCGAUGCUGAGCUAGAUGGCAUCAGUGGCAUUCCUGGCUGCGUCUUUGUCCAUGCAGCUGGCUUCAUUGGUGGCAACAAGACUUUCGAGGGUGCCAAGCAAAUGGCGCUCAAGGCUCUGGGUCCCUGAAAAGAGCAUCACCACCUGGAAACCAUUUAGGGUGUAUGAACAUUUCUACGAGAUCAUGGGGAAAUACAAAAGUUCCGGGGAAUACUACACGCGAAGACAAAAGGGAGGAAUAAAAAAGGGAAUGGAAAUAGAAGGAUACUUCUGAAACGAAGCAGGUAGCUAAACGACCAAAUGAACAUGAUAACCAUUUGCGGAGAGUGUGGUGUUUCUCCCACCCUGCCGCUGUCAAACAAUCUAUCCGAUGAUUCCAGAUCGAGAUAUGUCCCCCAUGUGUGCGAGCCAGAUUAUCUGCCAAUUCCCAAA